AACCCUUUCAAGUGCUGUGUGACAUGACAACUAAUGGCAGAGGAUGGACCACUUUUCAAAGGCGCAUGGAUGGCUCUGUAGACUUUUAUGUUGACUGGGAAUCAUACAAAAAAGGCUUUGGAAAUCUGAAGGGUGAGUUUUGGCUUGGAAACGAUUACAUUCACCGCCUGACUGAAUCUGUCAACAUGACGGUUCGCAUUGAUAUGGAGGAUUACGAAGGUAGGCGAAGAUUUGCGGAGUACACGACUUUCUUUGUGGCCGACGAAAGCGAUGACUAUCGAGUGACAAUCAAUGGAUACCGAGGCACCGCAGGCGAUGCACUGCUAUCUUUCUCCAAUCCUAUCAGAAAUAUGAGUUUUACAACCAAGGACAGAGACAACGACGGCCCUAACAAUGGAAACUGCGCAAAAGCCUACAGAGGUGGCUGGUGGUACAAUUACUGCCAUGACGCAAAUCCAAAUGGUUUGUACCAGGGUGGAGGUAAAGCACAAGGAAUUACAUGGAAACCAUUUCGAGGACAAGAUUAUUCGUUAAAGAACACUGAGAUCAAACUUCGACCAGCUUGAUUUCAUUUGUAGAACCUAAAAAGCUGCAUGUAGAAGCCUUCAGCGAAUUAAUAAUUAUGGUGAUGAUGAUAAAAGUAAUUGUAAUAGUAACAAUAAGUUGCAAGCUGUUUGAUCGGAAGAUGAGCGAAGAAAGUUUUUUAAGAGGAAACAACGCGUCCUUGUCAAAAUAUGUCCGAUAAAAAUGCACAUCAACAUGUUACAUACUGCACAUAAUUACAAGGGUUAAAAAGUAAAAAAAGGGGAAGAUCUAAGAAUUCAUCUUUAUAGCUAAAUUAUACUUAAAGGUAAAUCUAUUAAAACAACUUUCUUU